GAAGCUCAACAUGCUAUGGAUUUGAUAAUGUACGGCAGACAGUCUGCAGCUGGCGCUCACAUACGGAAGGCAAUUCUCUCCGCUCACGUUAUCCUUCCUCGCGAUGUUGUUAAUAAUGGACUCGGUGCCGCCGAAUGGAGCGCGUGCCUGUGACCCUGAUGGCAGAUCGAUGGUAUAAAUCGGAGAGGAAGUUUACCUCCAGCGACCCGAUCAUAGAGGCGCUUCUGGUGGAUCACUGCACGGCGGUUUACCCAUUUAACUAUAGCCUACGGCAUGAUGAUACUGUGAGGCCGCUGCAUGAGGCUGCCUGGAUGAAGAUGAUGGAGGAGGCUGCCAGUCAGCUUGAGAGAGACCAUGUGCACAGUAUCUAUGACAAGAUUGCUCCAUAUUUCAACGAUAGCCGCUAUAAAGCCUGGCCAAAGGUGCAACAGUUCCUGCUGGAUCUGCAGCCAGGCAGCAUCGUGGCUGACAUUGGCUGUGGCAAUGGCAAGUAUCUCCACAUCAACAAGGAGGUGUUCAAGCUGGGAUGCGAUGUCUGUCGCCCCCUGGUGGACUUUGCCUGGAGCCAAGGACACGAGGUCCAGAUGUGCGACGGCCUGCAUUUGCCUUACAGAGACGGCUGCUUUGACGCUGUGCUCUCUAUUGCAGUUAUCCAUCAUUUGUCCACCAAAGAGCGUCGUAUUCGAGCAAUAAAGGAGAUGGCUCGCACCCUGCAAGUAGGCGGACGCAUUAUGAUCUAUGUGUGGGCCAUGGAGCAGAAACGUCGUAAAUUCGAGAAACAAGACAUCUUCGUUCCUUGGAACCCCAACCCUCAUUCGCCCACUGACAGGGAGCCUGCCAAACCCAGAAGGAGGGCCACAGCUCAGAGUAUGAGCGAAGCCAUAGACAACACCGAUAAGCACAGGAAGGUUAGAAGCACAUCCUCCGUUGCAGACGAAGAAGACCUGACCUGCACCACGCCACAGCAGAGCACACAGAGACUGUGGUUCUUCUCCAGGUCUCUGGAUUCUGUGUUUGACUUUGGCAGCUUAUCCAUCUCACGGUCGUCCUCCAGAGACCUGAACACUUUAUCCUCACCCACAGGUGAGAAUGAGCGGAACAAGAGCAGCCAGUGGGGGAGAGGACGAGGCCUCAUCAAACAGGUCUCAAGCUUCUUUUCCCCACCGUCUGUGAUCGGAUCAGAGGAGGACGUCUUUGACUCAGUCACAAACAUGCACAAAGGACAAAAUGCUCGGGGAAGCAACAAUGACACAGAACACCAGAGUGUCUCAGUUUCUUUAGCUCAGGAGUGCGGCUCUCUUGCCCUGCCAGACCUGGUUCCUUUCCAGAAGGAGCAUCUGAAGCAGUCUUCAGAUGAAAGUGAAGGAGGGCUGCGGGUAAAACAGCAGCAGGAAAGCACAAAGAGUCCUCAGGUGAGCGAGGGGCGGGUGGAGGGCCCCUGUCUGAGGUACUAUCACGUCUUCAGGGAGGGAGAACUGGCCGAGCUGAUAGAGAAACAUGUUGAAGAACUUCAUGUCAAACACACCUACUUUGACCAUGCCAACUGGUGUGUGGUGGCAGAGAAAGUUCAGUUGUGGAAAAUAUGAUUUUAACUUGUUUUCAUUUGUUGCAUAACUGCCUCAAUUUUUAGCAAUUUCACACAUCAUCUUGAUCACAUUCAUGUGACUGAAAAGUGAUAAUGUAAAAAUAAACAAAUGUAGACAUUGUUGAAGGUACACCAAACACUAAACUACUCCACUGCUGCAGAGCUAAAUUUAACUGUUUGGAAAUUGUGAUUUUUGUUGUAUUUGUUUCUCGUUGUCCUAGACCCAACCGUAUCUAGCAUUACAAAAGUUUACAUGGCCUCACUAAUGGUUUUGCAGCAGUAACGUAUUGUGCUUUUCAAUGCCUAUUACUGUAUACUUUUCCACAUUGUUUUAUUUCUUCUAUGAAACCAACAGGCAGUAUCCAGAUAUCCUGGGCAUUCUUUUAGAAUCAUAUAUUCGUUUUUUUAUUAUCAAACAACAGUGAGCAUCAGUGCCACUAGUGAUUUUUAACUUUUAACUUUUUUUGUUUUUGUUAAAAGAGCAUUUCUGCAAGAGAGAUGUUAAGAAAUGCACUGUUUCUCUCUUUGGACUUGGAUAUUUUGUGAGAAGAUAAAUACUCUUCCACCUGCUGUUAAAUGUUUUAAUGCAUUGAUUACAUUAGAAAAAGUGUAUUUCUUUGUGUCUGUUUAUUUUUACAAUUAUACAUUCCUUAAAUCUAACAAUGAGCUAAACUUGCAGAAGGAAAAUUAUUGGUAGAACUGUGUAAACUGCUCUUGCGUAAACUUUCAUAACACUAUCAUAAGAGCCUAAAGUUGUGCAGAAUAUCUUCCAAGACAUUUGUGCAUUUGCUUGUUGUGUUUUUGAUUCCAAGAAUGUGUUGCCAGUAUGUUUGUGUGUGCUUGAUGUUUUUAAAAAGUUGUUUACUGUCUUGUUUGGAAGUACCAAGCUGAACUAUACCACUGGCAUUUUUUAGCAAAUCAACUGCCUGAUAUACUGUGAAUUAACAUUGCACUGUACCACAAAUAUGUUGCUGCUUGAUGUCAGUAAAUGACAUAAAAAUAGGUGAAAUUUAAAACGUACUAUUGUACCUAUAAGCCAAGGAUUGUGCGCAUCUGUAACAGCACAAUAUGUGUGAACCAACUGUGUAUGUUCUGAAGUGACACUGGUACCUUGAUGUCUUAUGUGACCUGUUAUAAAUACUUUUGAGUUUUACUUUAUUAAAUACGUUUGUUCACGA